GCCACUAAGAUGGAUGCCAACCGCCGGAAACACGGGGAGGAAGUCGCGUCUGUUGUGGCCCAUUUAGUGACCGCUCUUUUCCGGUGCUUUGAGAUCUACAGCUAGCAUAGCUAGCUCGUUUGAAAAGUACAUAUACAAGUGUAAAUAUCACUCCAUUCAAUAUAAGGCAAACUAAAAUGCAGAAUCGCUGCGCGGCUCCCAACUGUAUCAAUGCCAAACGGGACUCCUGUUCACUCUUCCGCUUCCCGCUCGACGCAGAAAGGUGUAAAACAUGGGUAGAAAAAUGCCAGCGGGAAGAUCUUGCAGGCAAAUCCCCAGAGCAGCUGUUCAGACACUACAGACUUUGUGGGAAGCAUUUUGAAAAGUGGACUGAUAGCAGUGACCAAAGCAUCGUGAUGAAGGAUGACAUCAUACCAACUAUUUUUAAUGAACCCGACAAACCUCCAACGAAAUCCACGAAGCGCAGUAAAGAGAUGGAGGAAGAUGCACAGAGUAAGGGAGGAAAAAAACUCAAAGAGUCCCAAGAUGACACAACUACGGAGGGAUCUCAGGCCUCUUUGAAGGAAGACAAACAAAAAGAAUAUCUCACAUUGUUAUUUGAGGCCCUUAUACUUUUAGGAGAGCAGAACAUUCCUGUGAUGAUGUUUGACGGUAGUAAACGGGACACAUUAGGCAAUUUUGAGGCAUUGCUCCAGUAUCGCAAGAGUUGUGAAGAUGAAGCGAUUAAGAAGAUGCACGACACCGAUACAGAGUGCUGUUCAUCGCUUCAGUUGAGUCAGCUGACUGAAGCGUGCGAAAAAUGCAUCCGCCAUAGGGUGAUAGAGGAAGUGAUGCAAAACGGCUUGUUCUCAAUUAUAACUGAGGAUUUGGUAAAGAUUUCCGAAGGUUGGUUCCUCCCUGUGUUCUUGCGCUACGUGGAUCAGUCUAACCAUCAAUGUGAGAAGUUUGCUGGCUUCUUGUCUUUUGAUGGAGAUGCGGAUGUUUUGGCGGAAAAACUGUUGUCUGAAAUGGUUGAUGACUGGGGUUUGAACAUGGAGCAGUGUAGAGGCCAAGCCCACUCAUGCUCCUGGACACACGUAACUAAAGUCAAAGCAUUUGCCACUAAAGUGAUGGAAAAGUAUCCGCUGACGGUGCUCACAUUCCGACCCACCCAUGCUUUGAACAUAUCGCUUGCCAAUGGUAUGGCUUUGUCGGGAGUCCAGCUCGUCAUGUGCACCUUGGAGAAAAUUGAAUCUUUCUUCAAUCACUCCUCGUUACUGUGCUUGGAGUUGGAGCAUGCCAUCUCCAUCAUCUACCCCGACAAAGAAGAAAAGGUCCUGGAACUGAAAGAGAUUUGCAGCACCAGCUGGACUAGAAGACACGAUGUGUUUGAGGUGGCAGUGGAGCUCGUCGAGGCUUUGCUGCUGUGUGUGGACAGCGUACACGACAACGAAGACUUGCGAUGGAGCGAUAAGAUCACGUAUAAUGCCUUGGAGAUCUCGAAAGCUCUGGCAGAUUUUGAGUUCAUUAUGGCUUUGGUUGUUCUGAAAAACACCAUGACGCUUUUAAAGGCCUUUGGGAGGAAUAUUCAAGGGGAUGCAACUAACACCCAUUUUGCAGCCAACAGUGUGAAAGCAGUAUUGCACUCUCUUAAGGAAGUGGCCGACAAUAUCGAGGUGUAUCAUGAGUUCUGGACAGAGGAGGCGGUUAACCUUGCUGCUACCAUGGAGAUUGCAGUAGAACUUCCUCGGUCACUCUUGAGGAAGCAUCCAUCCGACUUCCUUCAACCAGAGACGUACUACAAGCAGCACCUAGCCAUUCCUGUAGUGCAACACGCGCUCAACGAAGUUGGCAAACUCUUCACCGAUGACCACAUGAAGGCUCUGAGAUGCUUGUCACUGAUUCCCUCAGUCAUAGAAGAGAACAAGGCCACUCAGCCCGAGGAAGAAAACAUGCUGGCGUUCAAAAACGACAUACCGAACGCGGCAUCUCUCACCGCCGAGCUACAUUGUUGGUGGGUUAAAUGGAGCAAAAAAGGUAAAGGAGAAACCCUGCCUUCUAGCCUACAUGAAACACUGCAGCAAGCGGACCUCAAGUUUUUCCCUAACAUGCUUGCACUCUUGAGACGUUUGGGCGUCCUGCCUACAUUAGCUUUGGAGAGCAAUUUGAAUGUGGCAUAUGAGCGCUUCAAAGCAUACAUGGAAAACACUCCUGACAUCGCUAAAUCCAAGAGUCUAGCUUUUCUGAAAAUCAACAAUGACAUUGGCUAUGACUUGGAUUCAAUGGUUGAAGUCUAUAUGAAGUUGUACCCUGGUGGUGACGACUCCUCAUAGUUCUGACUUGAUCUGCAAUUUAGUCACUUAGUCAAACUUUUAGGCUUUCAGGCCACUUUUGAUGUUGAGCAGUAGCAAACAAAAGUUAGCUUGCAAGUAACAAAAUAUAAAAUACAAUUCAGGUGGUCCUGGUUUUAAAGGGAAAAUACACCUUUGGGGGAAUUUUCCAAAUCAUUUUCAAUCAUAAAAUACAAAAUCAUAUGUCCUUUUUUUUAGGAUUGUAAAGAUAAAAAACACUUGCAAGAUGUAGCUAAUGAGUCACCCUUGUAGCCUGUAACACACAUUCUUUAAAAUAUGUAAAAUAUUUACCGUUACCGUAUUUUGGUCAUUUUAAGCAUUACCAGAACCUUUUUCCGGGACGCAUUUAUUUCAGUGCCCAUAUCAACGCACUUUGUAAUUCAGGCAACAAACAUGUAGUUUUAUUUUGGGAAAUUAACGCGUGUGUGUGUUCUAAACAUGGCAGACCUGGUAAUAGACGACAAAGAUGGUUAUUUUUAGAAAAAUUAGGAUUUAUAACCAAUCGUUUUGAAACUGAAUAUACGAAGAAUAAACUGCUGGUUAUAGAAGUGAGGGUGACAAUGUUGGAGCAGAUGGUAGUUGAGAAAGUCAGGACCGACGUGACAUACCCAAAAUCAGCAGGAAAAAUAAAUGUCCCCGGCCAGCUUGACCAAUCAGACAACGGUCACUGUAAUACUGAUCAUGAUAUACACAGCACCUCAUGCUUGUAUAUCAAUGUUGAGCUAGCUGUGUACAAACAAAACAUGAAAUGCGGGCUGAUACUUUACAGAUACUGUUCAUGUUUUUCAGUCAGUACAGAUUUGUGUCCUAUUGUGCUGUGCAUUACAAACUCAAGCUAUUCAGCUAUUGACACAAAAGCUAGCUUGCAGCUAAUGCCGUAGCAUCCCGUCAAGGCGAUGUUACGAGGCUAGAAAAACAGUUCCUCUGUGUUUGUGCUCACGAAAACAAUGUAUCUACAGCUUGGUUAUUGUACAGGUUACAGAAUGUAAAUUAAGUAUUAUUGCCGGUUUUUGGAUGUUCAAAGUGAUUUAGAGGUAGACUUGAUUGCUCCCAUUAGCUGCAUUGCCAGCCACCUCGAGCAGAUUAUUACAAAUUUAAAUGGAAAAAAAAAAGUGUCUCUUUCAUGUAUUGUAAACAAUAAGCAAAAAUCCCCCAUAAAAGUGCAUUUCCCCUUUAAAUGUGAAAGCAUGAAUUAUCGAUACAGUGCGACCUUAGGUUUGUUUAGUGAACCUUUCCAAAAAGUUAGACAAAAAUGAAUUGUCCAAAAACCGAAUCAUCUUUCCCAUAAGUAACAAUGCAAUUCACAUGAUUCCGUUGCAAACACACAAAAAUAUGAACACACACUAUUAGAGAGUGAUUAUAGUUUUGCAUGUAGAGAACUAUGAGCAAUACAUACAAAUGACCAAUGCAAUGUAUAAAUGAAUAUUAAACAUACCUUUUUAUUGAAUCCUUUUGAGCAGAGAUCGAAGAGGAGGGGAGAGCCACACAGAUGCAACCUUAUAUGUACUUAACUAUGAGUGCUGCCACUCACAACUAACAAGGCCAAUGGUGAAUUGUUUUGCAGUUGUAUUCAAUAAAAAAGUACAGAGACUGAGUUA